CUUUGAAACUGAAAGCCUGUGGUUUCUUGAAUCUCAGAAAAAUGGUCUACAAGAUCGUAAUGGUCCGUCAUGGAGAAAGUGCUUGGAACAAGGAGAAUCGUUUCUGUGGAUGGUUUGAUGCUGAUCUCAGUGAAAAUGGAGUUAAGGAGGCUCAUGCUGCUGGAAAGGCAUUGAAAGAAGCUGGUUAUCAUUUUGAUGUUGCUCACACAUCAGCAUUGACCAGAGCCCAAAUCACAUUGCAAACUAUCUUAGAAGAACUGGGACAAACUGACAUUCCUGUUCAUAAGACUUGGCGACUCAAUGAGCGUCAUUAUGGUGGACUCACUGGACUCAACAAAACUGAGACUGCUGCUAAGCAUGGUGAAGCUCAGGUUCAAAUUUGGCGGAGAAGUUUCGACGUACCUCCUCCCCCUCUUGAGGAGUCGAGUGAAUUCUACAAAAUUAUCAUGGAUGACCCUCGUUACGCCGUUGAGCCAAGCAAGGAUGAAUUUCCAUUGUUUGAGUCUUUGAAAUUAACCAUCCAGCGAACUUUGCCCUAUUGGAACGAUGUGAUCGUUCCACAAAUCAAAGAGGGCAAAAGUAUUCUAAUCGCUGCUCAUGGAAAUUCGCUCAGGGGCAUCGUAAAGCACUUGGACAAUAUGUCUGAGGAUGCUAUCAUGGGGCUCAAUUUACCCACCGGAAUUCCGUUUGUUUACGAGCUCGAUGAAAAUUUAAAGCCAAUCACAUCCAUGCAGUUUCUGGGAGACGAAGAAACCGUUCGCAAAGCUAUGGAGGCCGUUGCUAAUCAAGGAAAAGCUAAAUGAAUUCAGAAGACGCUCUUAAGCUCUUCACUCCUGUCACUUUGGUGUGUUCCUGAUUGUUUUUCUCUUCACCCAUUGUAUAUUGCAUUUUAACACUUUAGAAUUUCUCCUAAUUACUAAGUUUUUGUGCAAUAGAAGCUAAGCAAGCAAAAAGAAAAACAAGAAACCUCAUCUAGUCGUUGUGCUUCUGGAUCGGUGUUUUUCUGUAGUUAUGAACAAAACAGAAUACAGCUUUCUAUGUGGGAA